AUGUGCGACCUCCCAUUCUUCCCCAUCUUUCCCAUCUGCUUUCAAUGCGGCACCGAUCAGAAUCCCUGCCACUGUAAAGUCGUCGGGCCAACACUAGGUAUAGCUGAUUCGCUGACUCGAGAAUUCCUACAGGUGAUCUGCUGGCCCGCCUCGAUCUUUUGUGGCUGUGGCUGUACACAGACCGGGCGGGAGUAUGUGGUUUCUAUUCUCCGCGUAGGUAACAAUGAGGCUAAUGGAUCUAGUGUGUUGGGCUAUCCGGUGAAACUGAAUGGUCAAGUCAGCAAUGCAAUACCGUUCUGA